AUGAGCUACGAGACGAGGUCAUUAGCGAAACUAAAAACCCUUCAGUUUCCGUGUGCGGUUCGAACAGCAAUGGAUGCCAGAACGGAUCAGAUCACGACAGGGAACUGCUAUGUAAUUUUGACCAAAGCCAAAAAGCAAAGGCUGAAUGAAUUGCAGGAGGCGGCAUAUAAAUUCAUGAGUGACAAUUUCUUGGAAAUAUUAAGAGAUCCAAAUGUUUACGGACGCCUGACUGGACACGAACGGGAUCUGAUCCUGAAAAAAAGAUUGGAAGGGCACACGACUUUAAUGGUGGCCGAAAUAAACGACGCUUACGAGCGGGUUGGAAGUAGACCUCCAAGCCGGGACAGCAGUCGUCCUCAGAGUCCGUUGUCCAUAGUGCCCUGCGAAGAAAAUCGUAUGAUACAUUAUUACAACGAGGCUACCAAAGACUGGAAAUCACUCACUCGGAUGCCGGACCAGAUCAACACGAAAGGCUGCGGCAUUUGCACCCUGUACAAUUAUUUAUUCGUGGCAGGUGGUAUAAUAAGCGACAAAGGUAAGCAGUCCGAUAAGGUUUUCUGCUAUAAUCCAUCCACGGAUAGAUGGAGCGAAAUAAGACCACUCAACCAGCCGCGAUCGCAGCUCAAACUAGUGUCCAUGGACGGAUCCAUGUACGCGAUAGGCGGGGAGUGUCUGUUCAGCGUGGAGAAAUACGACCCUCGUACGGACAGAUGGGCUCCGGUGGCUCCUUUACCAAAAGGGGCGUUUGCCGUGGCUCACGAAGCGACCACAUGCAACGGAGAGAUAUACGUGUCAGGGGGCUCUCUCUUUUACCGGCUGCUGAAAUACGACCCCAAGAGGGAUGAGUGGCAGGAAUGCGCCUAUAAUAAUAGCAGGAAGAAAUCGACGGACAUGGUGGCGUUUAAGAAUUACAUUUACAGGUUUGACAUUAACCGCGAUCGCGGCAUUAGCGUGUUCAGGUACAACACAGUGGUCAAAAUGUGGCACGAAGGCGCCACCCUGCGGGAGAGCGAGCCGCUGCCUUUCCGAUGCGCUCUCAUCGGUAACUGCGUCUACUGCGUGAACCGCUCCCAAACCCUGCAGUGUCUGCUGGAGGAGGACAACACCCGAUUCGGACAAGAUCCCCUGAAAGCCCCGCCAGGGACCAAGGGCGUCCUCCUGCCGUUUGUCCUAAUCUUGCCCGAAAAGUGAAGCAAAGGGAUUCGCACAGUUAUCUGGGUUAGCAUGAAGACGCAAGCGCAGAGACACAAGCUGAUUAAAUGAACCCAAGUAAUGUUAAGUGCAUUAUCUGUAUACAGUAUUAAGUUUGAAGUGCUUUAUUGCAGUUGACGAAACAGGCAAUGUCUUCCUUUGCAUGCUGGAAAGAAAAAUAUAAACACGUAUAUGCCUCUAAGCCUAUAUAAGUAUUUUUUUCCUCCGGGUCAGGUACAAAUUGAGAGCAGUCCCACAACAGCUGUUAUUUAGCAUUUUCUUGUUGAUCUUUAUGCCAUUUUGGAAAUGUCUUUAAAUACUGUGACAAGAAAAGUUUGCGGAGUGUUCAUACCAGAGCGUUAAAUGUGCUGUGCUGCAACGUAGAAAACGUGUCUGUGCAAGGCAGUACACAUCAUGGCAGUACACAUCAUGGCAGUACACAUUAAGGCAGUACACAUCAUGGCAGUACACAUUAAGGCAGUACACAUCAUGGCAGUACACAUUAAGGCAGUACACAUCAUGGCAGUACACGUUAAGAAAAGUACACAUCAUGGCAGUACACGUUAAGAAAAGCUGGUCUCCCUGUAUGUCAGCAUCUCUGAAACACCCAUUUUAAUGAUUUAGUAACCGCUCCUGAAAAUAAGCUGUAAUACAGAACAAAGCCUUAUUUUUUACUAUAACUGCAGCAAAACAAAAAAAAUGUUUUAAAUGUCUUCUUGUUUGUACGUUCUGUAUUGUAAUCUUAAGUGAUGUAACAUUUAAUGCCUUGUGACUAAAGAUGGGAAGAGGAAGUGAUGCAUUUUGCACAAUUUAAGAAAAACCGCAGAAUAUUUUGUGCAUCUCGGUGACCAGGACCAUGGUUCCUCUCAGCAAAGGAAUGUUAAUGUUGAAUGUAGACAAAUAGCAUUGUGUGCUUUUCAUUAAAACGACGGAAAAAAAAGCAGAGAAUCAGCUGAGGAGGUAUGUGCCAUGUUUUUCAGUAGGACACUUUUGCCUCACAAUGCUGUUCAGAGACUGUUUGAAAACUGUGACCAAAGGAAAAUGUCACUCUGGAGCUCGACACUGUGCAGCUGAGGUUCUCAGAGAUGCUGACUCACGCAAUGCCCUUCGUUUGAAAGGGUGCCAGUCCAGCCAUUAUGCUAGAUUCUCUGCACACCGUUUCUUUGUUUUUAAGCCAUAUCUUAAAAACGAGAUUAUGCAAUAUCUUGAGUAAUACCUUGAGGACAGUUGCUGAAAUUCACUGAUGCAACUGAUGACUGUUACUGUGGGACCACCUUUACAAAUGUCAUGGGGGUUGGGACAUGAUUUGCAUGCAUUUCACCACACUGCUGCGCUGCGUGUCGCCAUCAUUGUCAUCCAUACACCCCCGCUCUUUUUUGAACGUUCAUCCACGCCACUGACGCCCAAAGAUGGCCAUUUUAGAGUUUCAUCUGUUGCUUUUUUGCAUCAUCUUCAAGAGUGGUAGUUAAACCAAGUUAAUUUCCCAAUGCGUACUCAUCUUUGGCCAACUUGCAAAAUACAUUCCAGUGCCUGUCUUCACUCUGUGUCGUUUUGCGAAAGUUCAUUUAGUCAAACAGUCAGAAAAACACAUUUCAGCACAGUGUUCCUUCAUGGUAACCUCUCCAAUCCCUUUACAGAGCUGUUUGACUUCAUUGACACUUGCAGUCUGUCUGUGUUCACUUACUUUUAUUUUUAACAGCAUUAAACAUUAUUAAUUCCAAGGCAUUCUGUGGUGAUGUCACCUGGAAAACAGGCAGAAAACUUACCCCAGUGAUAUACACAUCUGUGCAUUGCCAUUUUCCUUGUUUUCUAGAGGCCUUUCUAUAUGGUUACUCAAGUCUGUGAUUUGCCAGUACCUUUGUCAUCAAAGCUGUCAGUUAAAUGCUGCAUUGCAACCUGCAUUCACUAAUGAAUCGAGGGGAGUCUGAAAGAGCCCGUUUACAUGGUUUGUCAGUGACACCGCUUUGCGAAUGGAGUCUGGACUCAGUAUUCACCUGUGGCUGAGCUGUUAGCUUAGCUGUCAGAGUGUAACACAAUCAACAGGAGUCACACACGUCCUGCUCGCUGCUGCUUCCUCUUUAAUAUGUAUCUUUGGGUUAAGAAAACUAGCAAAAUACUAUAAUGAGUGAAAACUUAAUAUUUUGGCUUCUGUCAUUAAGUUCUGUAGCACUUGUAUGAUUGAAAUAAAAAUGUAUAAUUUUGGCUGAGGCUAUGUUAGAGUGAUUGUACUUUAUUUGUAUGGCGAUGAUGGUUGAAACUAGACACAUUAAAGAAUAUCUCAGUUUAA